AAAUCCAGUUCAAACCAGUUUGGAAGCCCGGUGGACAAGGAGCGAAACCACGCGGUUUGAACAAUAUCAACGCAGUAAAUGGUUGUUUCCGUUUUUGGUUGUGACAUUUUGUAGCCAUGAGUUAUGGAAGAGGACCCCCAGCUAUUGAGGGAAUGAGCUCCCUCAAAGUUGAUAACCUAACAUACAGAACAACCCCAGAAGAUCUGAGAAGAGCAUUCGAGAAAUAUGGCGACGUAGGAGAUGUGUACAUCCCUCGUGACCGCUUUACGCGGGAAAGCAGAGGUUUUGCCUUUGUUCGAUUUUAUGAUAAGCGUGAUGCCGAAGAUGCAAUGGACUCUAUGGAUGGAGCAAUUAUGGAUGGCAGAGAAAUACGUGUGCAAAUGGCACGCUAUGGCAGACCAGUAGAUCCUUACAGGCGCGCUCCACCAAGCCGUCAUGGCCGACGCUCAAGAUACAGCAGAUCCCGCUCACGGUCAAGAUCACGAUCAGGAAGACGAAGAAGGCGGUCUAGUGGGUCAAGAAGCCGAUCAAGGAGUCGUUCAUAUAGUCGUAGUAGAAGUAGGAGCAGGAGUCGCAGCAAAAGCCGAAGUAGGAGUCGCAGCAAAAGCCGAAGUAGAAGUCGCAGCAAGAGCAGGAGCAGAAGUAAGAGCAGGAGCAGAAGCAAUGAAAAAGAAAGGUCGAGGUCGCCUUCACAUGCAAGGUCUGAUGCAUCAGGUGGAUCAGCAAAAGAGAAUGGAAUGGAUCAGAGGAACUGAGCUGUUGCUGUAGCAAGGGACUCCAGUGUCGUGAUGCGGCCAUUCCAGUUCCUCGAAUAAACCUUGCCCGUGAUAAUGUGUCCUUUGCAGAAAUUGUCAAAAGGUUAUUGUCUCUUCUGAACUUUUCAUUGACAUUGAGACUGAUCAGUAAUGCAAAUUUCAAGGACAAAUUAAUUGAAAUUGUCUUGAAUUUGGUAUUUUUUAGUGCAAUUGACAAUUUAGAGACAUAAUGAUAAGGAUAUGUCACACAUUACUAUAGAAGUCUUUUUCACUCCAUUGGUUAUGAUCAUUGUGUAUUUUUGUCGCAUGUAACAUUUGCAUUUAGAUGGUAUCAAUUUUAGUACAUUUUACCAUUCAAUAAAUUUCAGUACCUGUAUUAACAAUGCUUUUUCUCAUUUCCCCAUGCUAUAGGAGCGGUAAAGGGGUAAUAAAUGCAGUGCAGUAAUGUUAGCUGUGUGGUAUGCUGAGUGUCUACCGGGCGGGCAGUCAGUCGCAGUGGCUGAGUGGCUGGUUGAUGCUGCUGCUGUCGGUUCCUGCAGAGUAGCUGGUGGACUAACAGCAGAGCUGAUACUGCUGAUCUUAAAGCUGACCGUGAUGCAGUUCCAGAAACACCACUAAAUUGUUUGGCUAUACAAAUCAGUUCACCUUGGAAAUGUAGUGUGUGUGUAUAUAUAUAUAUAUAGUUCAUGGAUACAGUUAAGUUUUAUGCCAGCAGACAAUGUUUUGUUAGGUAAUUUUGUAAAUCAUUUACAUUAAGGUAUUCAUUAUUUCUAGAGAAAAUGAGAUCAACUUUUAAAAACUAAAGCUAAUGCUUUGUGUAAUCAAAUUUUUCAUUCCUAACAUUUUAGUGUUGCUUCUAUAUACAGUAUGAUCUUGUACAGGGUUUUAAAUCAAGAUGAACUGAUUUGUCUUCUAAAUUUUAUAAAAGAUAAGUAGUCCUGGUUGACUACUGUAUUUUAAUUUUAAGUUUCUUUGGUUAACUUGGGAGAAUGACAAUGGCCAAGUUUUAAGAAACAUUUAUAAGUACUAAAUCACCGAGUUGUCACUCGUCAUUCUUUCCUUUUUUUAUGUACUCCCAAGAAUUAACUUCAUUCCAACACAUUUGAAAUACAUUUAAAGGAACAAAAUUCUUCGCAGUGGACCCUGUUAAACGUGAACAUUACUUUCAAAGUUUUGAUCUGUCAUAAUGAGCUUUUUGAAAUGAGAAUGUUUCUGCUUACAUAGUUGCGUAAUUUCCUCCCAGUUAACUCGGCUUUUCAUUUGCCUUUUGGUAAUAUUACUAAUAGUUUUGGCCAUGGGAGAAUUUCUUAUUGAUGUAUCGAGUUGACAAACUAGAUGACACUGGUUUCAACAGAAGAGUUCUGAUGGUGCAAGAUCUGGUUGGUAUAAAUCUUAUUACAGAUGUGUAACUUGGGAUUGCCAUGUUUUCAAAGAAUGACCUGGCAUUAUGGAACUGGUUACUGUAUUGAUUGCUAUUUAAACUAUUUUUGCAUUGAAAUGAGCGUUUCAGUAAAAUGGAUGUAAGUUGACUAGUGAAUUAUGCAGUUCUCCCUAUCAGUCUGCAAUUUCUUGGGUAAUGAGAAGUCAAAACAUUGGCAUCUUUGGAAUAAAUAACUGAAAUUGGUAAAAAAGCAAGAAAUACUGUUACAUGCUUGGGGCACGGGUAUUUCAUCCACUCACAUUUGAAAAUAGUCUUCCAUCAUUUCAUGAGAAAAUGACCCUGGGGAUAGAGAAGAUAAGGAAAACAUGGGUCUCAAAUGUAGAUCAAUUUAUACACAGGUUUGUGGUGUAGACAAUCAACAGUUCCAUAUUAGAAACAAUUGUUGGCUCUUCCAGAAUGCAUCUGUCUUUUUCUUGAUACAUGUAGCAGCAUCCCAGGAGAGGUAAGGUGACAUUUGUUUUGCAGUUGAGGGCCAAUGACGACAGAUUUCAACAUUCUCAUGCGAAAUUGGAAUAAAAGUGAAGAAACUA